CCUUGAUAUAAAUAUCCCGUGGGCGAAAGCAAUUCUCAAUAUUUCCUUCCUAGGGUUUACGGAGGUUAGGAAUGAUGGAUCUAGAGGGUCUACCCAUGCUUUGCGAAGGAGGAGUUGCCGAUAACACCACCGUUGAAGAGGUAAAAUUUGCCGAUAGUGAGGGGGUUAAAGUUGCCGAUAAGUCCAUCGGUGGAGACGUUGAGGAGGGCUGCGAAGGGGGAGACGUUGAGGAGGGCUCCGACGGCGGAGACGUUGAGGAGGGCUCCGACGGCGGAGACGUUGAGGAGGGCUCCAACGAUGGAGACGUUGAAGAGGGCUCCGACAGUGAAGACGUUGAGGAGGGCUCCGACGGUGAAGAGGAUAGCUCUGACAGUGAGAAUACUACGAAACGUAUCCUUGUCAGGAACAAAGAUGAACCUUACAGCUAUGAUGACCCUGACUAUGAGGGCAACCAGAGGGAUGUCUAUAUUAAUUACAGACGACAGUAUGAGGAAAGCGAUGGUUUUGAUUUUGAUGACUAUCCAAAGUCAGGUGACGGAGAAUUUUUUCUGGGUGUUGCUUUUCAUGUGGAUCUUGAAGAUGAUGAUGACGAAUUUACUAUAGGCUGCAAAGAGGCCCUUGCCUAUGCUAUCGAGGAACAGAAUAAAAAGGGUGCAAAUCUGAGACUCCUUGAUAUUAUCAAGGCAAAUGCCCAAUCAGUUGCUUUGUAUCACAUAACUUUCAGAGCUGAAGAUGUUUCUCUUGGAGAAGUGAAAGUUUAUCAAACUAAAGUCUUCCAUAGUUUAGUUCCUGGUCACAAGGAGACUGUAGUACGUAUUUUCAGGCUAAAAGAACCAACAAACAAAGAUGACCAAGCUAAUUGAAAUAUGGAGGAUACUGGAAUAUGCUUGUAAGAAAAAAAGCUGUGUUAUUUGCCUAUGUCUAGUAUUUAGCCAUCUUUUUUUGUUAACCGCAUAUUUCAUUGAUAAAGAGGAAGAAGCUGUUGUUUUGCGGCCGUAUCACAAUAAAACCAGCAAACCGACAUGCUAUGAAUAAUGUCUGUGGUCGUUUGUAAUACAUUUUGUUUCAAUAACAUCCACAGAUUACUACC